AUGGAAAGCACUCCGAACAGCUUGGGAUGGGUCGAACCAUCACUGAAAUUUGGCACUGAAACUGUAAAGCUGGUUCGAUCCAUUGGUGUUGAUAGAACUAGUGUUGUUUAUGAAGGAAAGCACAAUGAUGUAGUUGUAGCUGUAAAAAUGGCGAGAAAGGCAAAUUAUCUUUCUUGUUUUGAACAAGAAAAUACCGCAUUGAAUGAACUGUCAGAUCUUAAUUCCCUUCAUAUUCCAAGGAUCCUUUUUAACAGUACGGAUGCUCUUGUUAUAUCUCAAGUUGGUGAGAGAAUUGGUAAUUUGCGAAAAAAAGAUAUUAAGGAUAUUAUCAGCACACUCAAAAAAGUAUAUUCACUUAAUUAUGUACACAGAGAUCUUCACUUCAAAUUUGCGGGAGCGUUAGAGUGUAUGCCGAAUAGCAUCUUGCAAUCAAUUGUCGAUGAGAAAAAUAUUGUUUAUGAACCAGAAGUUGAUUUGACAUGUUUGGUGCGUUCAUUCUAUUUGAUGCUCUAUAGACCACCAUUGGAUAGAAUUGCCUUUGAUGAAAAUGAUAAUAUCAAGAGUCGAGCACAGAUGAUGUUAAAUUUCUGGAUGAGUUGUAGACAUUCAGAUGUAUGGGAUGGCAUUUAUAACGCAAUAGAAAGCUUAGACUACGAUCUAUUAAUUCAACAGCUUGAAAGAUUGUUUUAG